UAUCGAUGGAUGUAUCCUUUUGAACGAUAUCUGCGACGGCUUAAGAAUAAUGUCAGAAAUAAAGCUAGAGUCGAGGGAUCAAUAUGUAAUGCGUACCUAGUAGAAGAAGCAACUUCAUUUUGUGCACAUUACUUUGAAUCGUAUGUCCAAACUAGACAUCGAAAAGUGCCAAGGAAUGUUGAUAUUUCAGAAAGUACUGAAAAUUAUGAAGGCAAUCUAUCAAUCUUCAUGCAGUCCGGUCGACCAAUAGGAAAAGGGACAACCAGAUAUCUUAUGGAGGAUGAGUAUAAAGCAGCACAAGUGUACAUAUUAUUAAAUUGUCCAGAAGUGAAACCCUAUAUUGAGUAAGUUAUCGUAAAUAAGUAAUUUAUAUAUUAUGUUCUUAAAUUACUUUUUCUAAUGGAGUUGAGGUUUUUCCAGCAUUUACAUUGAUCAAUUGCGCUCAAAUGAUCCGUUGGUCAAUGAUUCUCAGAUUGACAUCAAAUUGGAGAGUGAAUUCUCUAUAUGGUUCAACAAUUUUGCUCAUGAUUCGUGCAAUAACAUAUCCAAUAAGUUUAUCAUAUCGCUUGCAAUGGGUCCAUUACGAAGUGUGACAUCAUACAAUGGAUAUAUGGUGAAUGGAUAUAAGUUUCAAUCGAAGUC